AUGGCUGCAAUGUCAAUGCACAGCUCAGAGAACACCUUCGGCAGCAUGAACAGCGACAUGAAAUGCCGCUUGUCACCUGCCUUUCGUACAUUGGGGUCGCUGCUGCGUCUACGCCACCUUGACCUCGAGAAGCUGCGUGAGCUUGCGCGUAGUGACGAUUUUUCAGACAGCGAAAGCGAUGGCGUUGAUAGCGACGAAGAGAUGGACGACGAGGAUGGCAUAGUGGACACCACGUUCGUGCCCAUACCGUCGCCUUUAACCCAAGACACGAUUGGGGCAGCGCUACGUGGUGACCAGUUGAAGCAACAAAAGAAGAGCAAUGAUAAGGCCGGUUGCAGCCCCAAAAGUGACGAGUGGGAGCUUGUAGACAAGUCACCAACAUUCAAGAGCGUCGAAGAAGGCAAGUCGGAUCUGGGUAAAGAGAGCUGGUUCGUAGAAUAG